AUUUGUGAGCUGCAUGUAUAGGGUUCAGAUUCCUUUCCUCUGUGGACACUCACAGUGUUUCUACAAACAAACCUUUUCCAACUUGUUAGAACAGUGGUUAACGAUUAAACAUUGCAGACUUUUGCUUAAAUUCUGUGGAAAUUGAUGCCUUUGGUUUAGAAGGACACAGAAUCUUGGAGAAAGCAUCACAAUGAGGACAUCAAGCUUAAUAUGGUUUCUUCUGAGUAUCUUCUCUGUGUGCGUUUUAACGAGCACAGUUCAAAAGAACACAUGUUGGGAUGAAAAGCACACUUCUGAUUCAUGCUAUAAAGUCUUCUGUAAUCCCUGGAAGAGAUGUUAUAAUGGAAAAUGCAUUUGUAAGCUGCCUUACCAGUGUCCUAAAAAUAAGACCUUCGAUCCUUGCACGGACGCAGGAAAAAUGUAUUUGACCUUCUGUCAAUUAAAGAGUGCUGAAUGCAGUAACCAGGGUAUCAGAUUUUCCUCUGAUUCAUGUACAGGUAAAUUUGAAAUAUCUUUGAAAAAUAAAACUGGCGUACGUACUAGAAAGAGUGGUCUUGUGAAAGUAAUUUUACCCAACCAGCAACAGGAAUCCUUUGUGUGUUUUGAAACAUGGACAAUCACAGAAGCUAAUGUAGCCUGCAGGCAGCUUGGAUAUUCCAAAGGAGCUUCAAAUGAGAAAUUGAAAAAUACAUUCCAGGGUGACGAGAAUACACAGUGUCUUAAGGUGACAUGCAGAGGAUCAGAGAGCACAUUGGCUGAAUGCACAUUAAGGAAAAGCAAAAGUAGUGAAAAUAAGCGGGCUUAUGUUUCAUGUUAUGAUGAUAAAACAGAAUGCCAAGAGGACCAGUUCACUUGUGUGAAUGAGAAAUGUAUUGCUAUGAGUGACACCUGUAAUGGGGAAAAUGAUUGUGGAGAUCUUAGUGAUGAAUUAUGCUGUAAAGUAUGUCAGAAAGGCUUUCACUGUAAGUCAGACACAUGCAUUCCAUCGAGUUAUGUGUGCAAUGGUGAAAUGGAUUGUCUCAGUGGAGAAGACGAAUACAAUUGCACAGGUGAUGAUUCGUCAAAACCUAAAGUUAUAACGACAAGAGGUGAAGACUCUGAAAACAAUGAUGAUAAUGCAGAGGAAAGUAAUGCAGUAAACUACGACAUUGAGGCAGAGAGGAAGUUAAUCAGGGACGUUCUCCCAAACCUAAACUGUGGAGUUGCUCAAGAUAUCCAUGGACAAAAGAGAGUGAAGAGAAUCAUUGGAGGACAAAAAGCAGAAAAGAAUCAGUUUCCAUGGCAAGUGGCGAUCAAAGAUAGCGGCAAAAUUAACUGCGGUGGGAUUUACAUUGGUGGCUGCUGGGUGCUGACAGCCGCUCACUGUGUCAGGGCAGACCAGCCCCAGAGGUAUCGAAUAAUCAUUGAGCUCUUGGAUCGCCUGCACCUUGAUGCCAACAUAGAUUCUUUCCCAGUGAAAACUGUAAAAGUCCAUGAAUUCUACAACCCUAGCACAUAUGAGAAUGACAUUGCACUUCUGGAGGUUGUCAAUAUAUACAAAGCCCCAAAAUGUAUGCAAUAUGAAAAUAACCUUGUAACUGCCUGUGUUCCCUGGUCACCACAUCAGUUCAAGGUUGGGGAAACUUGUGUCGUUUCUGGAUGGGGACGAGAAGAAGGGCUUUCCAAAGUGUUUCAUCUAAAGUGGGGUAAUAUUACUCUGAUGGAUAAUUGUGCUGAGGUGUACAAGGAGCGUUUUCUUGAUAAAAUGGAAUGUGCAGGUACCUAUGAUGGAUCAAUAGAUGCCUGCAAAGGUGACUCAGGAGGACCACUAGUUUGCUUUGAUGCCAAUAAAGUGGCCUAUGUUUGGGGAGUUGUAAGCUGGGGUGAGAGCUGUGGAGAGGCUGGAUUCCCCGGAGUAUACACAAAGGUUGCGCACUAUUUUGAAUGGAUAAGCAGACAUGUUGGAAGAGCUCUCAUAUCUAAAUAUAACAUUUAAUAUCCAAACCUCACAUUCUGCAAAAGAAUUUUCACAAGAUUCCUGUGUGUUAAAAAUGAACUUGCUUUCUCAAUGCCUACUCAUUUAGUUUAUGUCUGUGUCCAACAGCAAUAAAGAUAAAAGCUUUCUUGCAUUUA